ACGCGAAUCUGCGCCACAUCUCGCACGUUCACAUUCGAAUGUGCACCCAUUGUCUUUCGUGUUAUUUAUUUCGUGGUAUUCUUCGUGGAAGCACUUAAUUACUCUUGUCAAUUUUUUCUUCGUCUCAGAUCACAGGAACUGUUCUCCUGCGGCUUGACUUACCUCCUUGUUGCACUCUGGUCGUAAGGAAAACGUAUGGCCAAGGCCACCAUAACUUGGCUUUUGUACCGUGUCGCUUUACCUUUUGCACUGCUUACGGCGGUGCUGCUCCGGUUCAGCGUAAUAUCGCUGACGUACCUAAUUUUGUUACUGGUUAACCCGUUAUUGCCAGGACCAUGCGGACGCAAAAAGAAACCAGCUCCUGCUCUCUAUUUGAAAGUUGUCGCCGGCACAUGCACGAUGGUAUAUCUCGGCCACAUUACCUACCAGCUACUGCUCCUCGUAACAAGUACAGGCGACAGCGUUAAUAUGCCGGACAUGUGCUCCAAUCGGGAACGAAUACUCGCCAUUCUUGGACUCUAUCGUCUCAAGGGACUUGCAGUCCUGGAGGCACUACGCCUCUUUGGAAUAGACUUCGUUAUCUUCGUGAUCGCUGUAAUAUCGCAUAUUUACUACACGCGCCAAGAUGACAAUGUUGUGGAUGGCUUCAGGCUGCUGCCACCAGCUCAACGGCUACGGCGCAGAUCUAUACUAUAUUUAUUCGGAGAACUGCUUGUACUCGUGCUUAUGGCGGCCGCCGGUAUCCUGCACGCUUCGUUGACAUCAAUGACCUAUUUCCUAUCUUUCCUCUGCGUGGCUACUUGGUUGUCUCUGCAUCAUUGCUUGGACCGCAGUUACCACAUUAGCCGGUGCCUGCUCAUGCUCUACAUUGUUUUUCACCUCAUUGCCAUCUACGUUUAUCAGUUGGACUACGCACAGGAGUAUAUUCCCUCCGAUACAUAUCAAGCCAGGCUCGUCGGUCUCCUCGCAUUACGCAGAUCUACCUGCCAAUAUGAGCCCAUUAUUGGUAUUACAAUUGAAGACGUUUACAAGGUGAAGUUUUACGACCAGGACUGGACCUUAUAUACGGCGCCGUUUGUCGUCCUUGCACUUUACUACGCCGCGGCUGUCAUGACGCGCCUUCAGCUGUUGCAGUCACAAGUCCGACUUCGUCAGAGUUUGAUCAGCCUGAUGGGCAGUACAAUACCACCUAGCUCAGACGAAGUAUCACGUGACCUACCUUCGCGUCAGCCAUCGCCUUUGGAACCUGGAAGAAGAGUGCAUCGACCGUCGGCCGUCUCAUUCGCCCCUGUGGACAUGAAGGAGGGAAAGCAGGAUAAAGGUGAUGACCAGUCACGUUCUGCGAGUCAGGAUGACAACCUGUCUGUGUCUGGGUACGCAAUGGGACCGAGCACACGCCGUCGUAGUCCACCACCUCCACCGACACGCCUCACGAAGGUCAUUAGCCAGGCAUUCAAAGUUCUGGUUCAGUGUUUCACAUUACUCUCUGGCGGAAGUCACGCAUUGACGAUGGUUGUCAUGAUGGCAUGGAGCAUCACCUAUCAUUCCUGGUUGACCUUUGUCUUAUUAGUAUGGUCCUGCAUUCUGUGGAUGUUGCCAAACAACCGGCAGGCCUGCUUACGAUCGUCGCCUGCUCUCGUUGCGUAUGCAGAAAUCCUUCUGCUUCUUCAGUACCUGUACAGUCUCGAUUUGACAGACGAGGAACUGCCAACACACCUGUAUGGAACAAAUAUGAACCAAGUUGGACUAGUCAAGUACUAUAACAGAUCAUAUCAGGCCCUCUUCAUCAAGAUUCUAUACACUAUCGUGUUCUGGAUAACACUUCACCAACGCGUCGAGCUUAAACAUAGCAGCCCUACAAGCGAGUCCAUGGAAACGGCAGCUGAAGAACUGCAGAAUGCAUCGGUGUCAGGAUUCAGCGCCAAGUGUGAAUGCUACCGCAAACAAACUGCACUGCUAACUGGCACUAGCGCACGUAUUCAGCUGCAACGUUUGUCGCAUCCGUUGCACCAGUUUCUCACUCGCUAUUGGGUGUGGGUCGUGGCUUGCUCUUUCGGCCUCGUUGCCCUCGGAGGCACCAAAGUAGUCGUGUACCGUGUCAUCUACCUUUUUUUCUUCCUCGCGUUCCUGCUAACUUUCCAGCUUUCCUACAGCCUGUGGGUGCGACUGAUGUAUUCCUUCUGGCUCGUGGUUGUGAUAUACUCGAUGAUUGUACUGAUUCUCAUCUACACGUACCAAUUCGAAAAAUUUCCCCUCUACUGGGAGACGUACCUUGGUGUGCCACGCGAGAUACAGCAUGCUUUGGGGCUGGAGAAAUACACAACGUACGAUACAUUCCUCGCCUUGCUUGUGCCCACCUUAAUGCUGGUGAUCAUAAUCUGGCAGCUCAAUUGGUUUCACCAGGGGUUCAUACGUUUCAACGAAGAAUAUGCUUCUGUCAAAAGCACGCCUACACCCCAAGUUGCCCAGAAAGCUCCGGACGUCGUUGGAGCGGGUGUGCAGCUACGUGAUCCAGACGAACCCGCCGAAGCCUAUCGCAUUGAAAAAGAACCUCCACGCUUCAGUUUCCGGAGACCGCGUGUGUCCUGGCUCCAGGUACACAGAUUCCUGUCGGACGCCAUGGAAGUAGUGUGGCGACUGUUGGAAAUUCAUGUCAUCAAGAUCGUGUUCUUUUCCGUUUUCUACGUGUCUGUUAAUGACGUAUGCGUCUUGAACCUGGUGUUCGUAUUGCUCGUAGUGUUUGCGCUCCCUUUCCGACCGCUACACUUUUUCUUCUCUCACUGCUGUUCGCUGUGGGCGUCAGCCCUCUUCCUGGUGAAGAUGAUAUACCAACUGAGCUUCGUUGACGCAGAAAGAGCAGCGCUCAACUGUUCAUACUUGCAGAUUGAGAACAGCAACGACACGUCCGUGCCUACUGCACUGUUCAACAGCACGGUGAACAACAUGAUGUGGAUUGGUCUUCGAAAAUAUUCCGACAUGUCGUACAGCACGAGCUACAUAGCACUGGUCUUCAUGUUCACCAUCCAAGGAGUCGUGAGGUACCGGCAAAGGUACAACAGGCAACGGAAUGGACUUCCAGAACCAAAACCUGGCAUUGCUUUUCCCUUUGUCAAGCGGAACAACGCUGACGACAACAUCAGGACGUUCAUCAAAUUCCUCGUGAACUACGGUUUCUACAAAUUUGGUGUUGAGAUUUGUUUCGUAUCAAUGGUUUUCUGCAUGGGAAAUCACAUGGACGUGUUUGCCCUUCUGAACUCAAUGUGGCUCAGUGGACUAUUCCUUCUGAGGCGUCGCCGGCUAAGCACUAUCUGGCCCUACUAUGUAGCAUACCUGUGCGUAACCCUGCCUCUCCAGUACAUCAUGGUCCUUGGAUUGCCGCCAGAACUUUGCAUCGAUUACCCAUGGCAAGGUUCGCAACGUAAUGCACUUCGAGAAAUAGCAUACUGGCUGUACCUCCCAGACUAUCUGGAGCCACCGGAAACUCAGAAACUUCAUGCCGAGUUCCUUCACCUCAUGCUAGCAUGCAGCCAGCUUUUCAUAUUCUCCAUAGAAAACUCCCACAACAGAGUGCUCAGUUAUCAAGGAGGCUCUAACAGGGAGAUUUACGACCGUAGUGGACGCUUUAUAGGUAGAACACCGAAUCCCAUUCCGGACUUCGUCACCUAUGUGAGGUCGUACUUGUCAAUGAUCCAAUCCUACGUGUUCUUCUCCUUCUACUGGAUUACGCUGGCAGUGAUGUUUGUGGCGGGCACAAGCCAAGUUUCCAUAUUUGCGAUGGGUUAUGUCCUGGGCUGUUUUGUCUUCCUGUGGAACGGGAAUGACUUUUACCUGAAACCCAUGAACUUGCUGCUCAAAAAGUGGAACAUGUUGCUCGCCUACAACGUUCUGGUCAUCUUCAUCAAAUGCAUCCUGCAGCUCGUUGGUUGCGUCUUCAAAGAGUACCUGUUCACAUACUCCUGUUGGAUGGUGCAACUCCUUGGCAUUGUGUGUCUCAGAAAUCCAGUGGUCCAAAUAUCUGUAACCUCGAAAGACAUGCCUGGAGCUUUAGGGCACUCCGACGCCGGAGGUGACGUUUGUCGUCCUUCUCCUGCGUUCGAAGGCAGCCUCUUCUGGGACGGCGUCUGUCUUGCGUUCUUGCUGGCGCAGAAGCGUCUGUUCAUGUCUUACUACUUCCACCACCUCAUCAUCGAAGUCCUCGUGCAGCAGCGCCUUGCGUCCCGUGGAGCUGAGAUGAUCCACGAUAUCAAGCUUGAAGACGUUGAGGAGCAGCGGGCGUAUGAACAGGAGCUCAUGAAGAAGAUCAAAUGGAAAACGGAAAAGCUUCGUGCGAACCAGCAGAAGAUGCGAGUGCGCGACGAAGAACCGGAAACGCACUACGAGGCAAUUCGUUCGGGUGACUACUACUUGUUCGACGAGCAGUCCAGCGUUGAUCUUGAGAUUGAAAUUGACAGCGUGAAGGCGCGGCGUUUGCCGGACGAAGACGCGGACGUCAAAGUUCGUGGGAUAAACGCACUUCUAAGCACUGCCAUCAAAACUGGAAGUCUACGUCGUGCGCCUGAGGAGUCGUCUUGGCUUGGUGGCACGUCUAUUCAGGAACCUCCAGCCAGCAGCGCGGAGUCGACAGAGUCUGAGAUACAUCACCAAGCACCAGCGGGAACGAAGACUGUCUGUUACGCACCAUCCAAAAGACCUCCGGUGCUAAGGAGGGCUUCUUCAACUGGCUUCGUUGAGGCGCAGACUGAGGCUUCCGACAAGCAGUUCAGCGACGUACUGUUGGGAUACCUUGGUUUCCUUGUAGCUCUCAUUGACAGCAUGCUCAUCAGUGCCACAGCUAAACUGAAUGAAGUCUCCCGAGACUACCGCUACGUUGCGAGACACCUGGCAGAGGAAAAACGGCAAGACAAGAAACGGUACACGACUGGUCUGGCAACGACUUGGGACGUCGAAACAGUGAGAAGAACGAGAAUCCACUUCUAUGAGACCACAAAGCAACAACAUCGAACGUGUCCAACACCGAGAUCUCGCACGUACAGCGUGGACAAGCAGGACUGGGGCGUUCCUCAACAACGACCGUCCGCCAUACGGUUCCUCGUCGCUUUCUUUUACGCCAUCGUGUCCAGAUCUGAGGUGGUCUGUUACCUCAUAAUCGUCAUGAACCAGAUCAUGUCGGCCAGUCUUCUCUCUCUGCCACUUCCGCUCAUGGCUUUCCUCUGGGGCUCGCUAUCCGUCCCACGGCCGUCCAAGACCUUUUGGAUCACCAUCAUCACCUACACGGAAGCCAUUAUCGUUGUCAAGUACCUUUUCCAGUUUGACUUCUUCAAAUGGGAUGACACUGACACGGGUAGCGCAUUCGAUGCGCCGAGGCUCAUAGGGAUCGACAAGCGGAAGGGCAACACACAUUACGCGCUUUACGAUCUCGUUCUGUUGCUCUUCGUGUUCUUCCAUCGGUUUAUGCUGAAGGGCCUCGGCCUUUGGAAGGACACUGAGGGUACUUCCAGUUGCAGCGAAAGCUCGUCAACGGAGGCAUUCACCACAGCGCUGUCACCGACGCCACCAGAGAGAACGGAUGCAAACGACGAGACCGAUGACUGGGGCAAAAAUGACGCCAGCCUUAACCUGCAUCAUGCGUUUGACGGGGUCUGGUAUUAUACGGAUCAAUUCAAGACUUUCUUCCUCGACCUGCUCCAUCCGGUAUAUCAAGUCACAACCGACGUGUACGGUUACAUGUUCUUGUGCGACUUCAUCAACUUCAUGAUCAUGGUGUUCGGGUACUGGGCGUUUGGUACCGGAAGUUCAGAAGUAGGCGUGGCGACUUAUGUCCGAAAGAAUGAGGUGCCACUACCUUACAUGGUAAUGCUGUUGGCGCAAUUCGGCCUCAUAGUUAUCGACCGUGCGCUGUAUUUGCGAAAGUACAUUCUGGGCAAGCUCAUCUUCCAACUUCUCAUGGUUCUGAUCAUUCACCUCUGGAUGUUUUUCGUGGUUCCUGGCAUCAGUCAGCGCUCAUUUGUGGACGACAGAAAUCUGCCGCCCAAACUGUGGUACUUCAUAAAGUGCGUCUACCUCAUGCUCUCGGCGUACCAGAUUCGUUGCGGAUAUCCGAGCCGUAUAUUGGGCAACUUUUUCUGCAAAGAGUACUAUUACAUCAACUACGUUCUUUUUAAAGGGUACAUGUUGGUACCUUUCUUAUACGAAUUACGGUCUCUCAUGGACUGGAUCUGGACGGACACCAGCAUGAGUCUGGGCUACUGGUUUAAAAUGGAGGAUAUAUUUUCGAGUGUCUUUCUCACCAAAUGUCUUCGUCGAGCGGAAGCGGACUACCCAACUCCCCGUGGUGAAAACCGCGAUUCCUUGACGAAGUACGGACUGGGAGGCCUGCUACUCAUCGUACUCAUUCUAGUGAUCUGGUUCCCGCUGUUACUGUUCUCCCUCGCUAAUACGGUGGGACGCUCCCUUCUUCCGUCCCGUUGCUCCCUGGAGUUAGGCAUAGGCGGCUAUCAGCCACUCUUUCGGAUGAGCCUUCAGGGGAACGCGAUGCAGCCGAUGCCAGAAGGGUCAUGGAGAAUCCUGAAGACCAUGUAUAAGUCCAAAACUGGUGCACGGGAGUUCUUGAGUAACUACGAUGCCGAAGACGUCGCUGUGAUAACUGUCAACGGCAAUUCCACUGGUCUAUGGGCCAUAAGCCCUCCUGGACGGCAGAAGUUGAUGCAGCAGCUGAAUGACUCUUCCAUCCCGCUCCAAAUAACCAUGAAAUGGGAGAUCACGCGCAUUCUAAGUGGCAAGAACAACGCCGAUCAGACGCACAGCGCCGUGGAAGUCUCGCCUUUGUCGGAUGCAGCGUUGAGACGGGAGCUGUCGCGUAUGAUAGCGGGCGAUGAAGCCACCGAUGUCGCCCUUCCCGCGAUAUUCCCAAAGUAUAUUCUAUCGUCCCGAACGGGGAAAUUGGAAGUCGUUGGUGCUCUGGAUCCGCCGAGUUCGAUGUAUCGAAAUCUGACGUUGCGCCUGCGCUUUGGAACCUUCCGCAACGGCAGCGAUCCGGGCGAGUGGUGGGAAAUUCAAGAGCAGUGCUCCAAAGGAUCUCCCUAUCCUUUCCUCCCACCGGAGCAUGCUUCCUGCUCUUACCUGAAUAUGAUCGUGUUCUGCGACAAGGUCUUUCCCCAAGCUUUGCUGUUCUUCUGGGAUUACGGGAUUAUUGGCAUGUAUACAACGUUCGUGCUGGUGGUCUCCCGUCUGCUGCGUCGCUUGCGGGCAGGGUCAUCGAUCUACAUCAAGUUCGACGACAUGCCGAACGUCGAUCGUGUCUUGCAGCUCUGUUUGGACAUCUACCUUGUGAGGGAAAGCAAAGAGCUUCUCCUCGAGGAAGAUUUAUUUGCCAAGCUCAUAUUCCUCUACCGUUCCCCGGAGACUCUCAUAAAGUGGACACGGCCAGCGCAACCGAUCAUGCAUCAACCGGCAUGAUUCUGUUUGUUGUUUUGGGAUUUGAAUAUAAGCGUUUGGAUAUAAAGAAAAAUAUGUAAAAAUAUAGAAAGUUCAUAAACCCCUUUUAUUCGCCU